UGGAAAGACAGACAGAGGAGGAAAGGGGCGGUGUUUGAGGGAAUGGUUUGGUUUUUACGCACCAGAUGCUCCAGUCAGUGGAAACCCGUCAGUUUGCAGCUCGCAGGAGUUUCACGGAGGAUUUGUCAUCUUAUCUGUCAUUUCAUACACCAGAGCAGCACGAGCGCACAUUCUGCUCAGAUCCUGCAGAGACUCCUGUGAUCAUCUCCAGAGGCUGCUGGUGCGCGAAGAGAGCCAGAAGAAAGACAUCAUGAGUGACCGGUUCAACUGCAAAAACUGUAACGAGUCCCUGUGCGGACGCAAAUACAUCCAGGUGGAGGACAACCCUCACUGCAUCCCCUGUUACGACCGCCUGUACGCCAAUACCUGCCAGGAAUGUAAAGAAAUCAUCGGCCAUAAUGCCAAGGAGCUCUUCUAUGAGAACAGACAUUACCACGCGGACUGUUUCCGCUGUUUCCACUGCGACCGCUCUCUGGCAGACGAGCCCUUCACCAGCCAGGAGGAUGCCCUGGUGUGCAGCGACUGCUACUGCAACGAGUAUUCCUCCAAGUGUGUGUCCUGCGACAAGAUAGUAAUGCCAGGAUCAAGGCUGUUGGAGUACGGCGGCUCCACGUGGCACGAGGACUGUUUUAUGUGUCACGGCUGUGAGAAGCCGAUCGGUGCCGAGGCCUUCAUCCCAGACAACAACAACUACUACUGUGUGCCGUGCUACGAGGGCAGGGUUGCUCCUCAGUGCAGCCACUGCAAAAAGGCUCUGACUAAAGGUGGGGUGACCUACAAGGACGAGGUGUGGCACAAAGAGUGUUUUCUCUGCACAGGCUGCAAAGCUCCGCUGGCUGGCCAACCCUUCACCUCGCAGGGGGAAAGUCCGUACUGCGUCAAGUGUUUCAGCAGCCUGUAUGCCAAAAAGUGUGCCGCCUGCAACACAGCCAUCACAGGGUUUGGAGAUGGGAAGUACGUUUCUUUCGAGGACCGGCAGUGGCACCAGCCGUGCUUUAAGUGUUCACGUUGCUCCGUGUCGCUGGUCGGCUCUGGCUUCUUCCCCGACCGCGACAAGAUUCUGUGUACAGACUGCAACAACGACGACUGACCGCCACUAACCACACCUGCAGCCAAUAUCAAACACUGCUGACACUAGCAGAAGGAAACUUCUAAACCUCAGCCUUUCACAUGAACACUGCAAUAUUACUAAUUCACUCACAGUGUAAAGCUGAUAGCUCAAUAUAUACAAGUCAAAACUCUCGUCAACCUUCAGCACGUUGAAAUGUUUCUAUAAAUUAAAAAAUGUCCUAGAUGUAUUUGUUUUUCUUUAUUGUAUGUAGUGCACAUCAAAGACUAAAACCUAAAUGUAAACCUUGUUUCAUGACUGCUAGAGGGAACCAAAAUUUGAAUGUUAUGACCAACGCUUGGCAAACAUAUUUAUUCUUUUUAUAGAAAAUUACAAUUUAUAAAACUGCCUUUCUUCUUCUCCCACUACUUGCUCUAUGUAAAUUGUUUGUUGAAAAUGAAUUGUUGUAAAACAUAUUUUCUUUUCUUUUCAGCUUAAAAAAAACCUUUACUGGCGUACAAGCAAUAAUACUAAUAAAUGUCAUAUAACAGAA